AUGAAGACCGCGACUUUAGCAUUAGGCGCCGCUGCCAAGACCGCCGAGAAGUUCAAGGCCUGCUUUACCGACAGUUCAACGCGGACCUUCGCCUUCAUGUACAGCGGAUUUCAGCCCAAGGAAAUAAUCCCGCAGAAAUACAUCGAUGUGUGCCAUGACCGUGCCUACACCGCUGCCGGCUUAGAAAAUGGCAGCGAGUGUUGGUGCGGCCACCCGGAGGAUAUCAUCACCGUCGGGGCGAAGAUUGUCCCCCUUUUUCAGUGCAAUAUGGGCUGUGACGGUGAUGGAUCGGAUAACCGCGGCGGCCCCUGGCGCCUUGCGGUAUACUUCUUAAAGCGUAACAAAAAGCCCCAAGAAUGCCCGCCUCCCCCGCCCUGCAAGUGCAAGAAACCCAAGCACUGCGGCAAGAAGGAUCAUACCAAGCACCACCACCACGGCGACGAUGACGACCACCACCACCACGGCCACGGCGGCCACGGCGGCGACCAUAACUCCAACCCCCCGCCUUCGGGACCGCCAGCCAGUGGGGGCUAUUAA